GUGCACUGCUGGAUAGAAAGAACUAACUCCGCCGACAGGUUUUGGUCCAGAGAUGUGUUACUUUUUCUCUGUUCGGAGGACAUCUUAAAUGCCGAAGAUACUACAUAUUUUCGGGAAUAUUAUCUCAAAAGGAUUUUGUGGGGCAUCAGGAAGCGUGAAGAAUAAAAGUUUCCUUUGGAAAGUAGAGAAAAACGCACUAUCCAUGUGCCAACUGGACACAGAGCUAGGAUAUCAAAAACAAAAGUAAUCAAUUUUGGACGCAGUGCAGCAUAGGCUAUGCUGUAGCCUUAUUAGUUUCCCCGGUCAGAUAACAUGUGUCAGACACUUGUUUCCAACAGUAGGCACUUCCAUCCCAAAUGAAGACAUCGUGGUUGAAGAACUGUGACAAAGGCGACUCUUAUUUCGACCACAACUAAGGAGCUGAGAUAUCUGCAACUUGCGUGGCUCGCUUGUCAAAACCGGAGAUGAGUUGCUUCUGUGCGGUCCAAGAGGAGUUUUAUUGCGAAGUGCUCCUCUUGGACGAAACGAAACUUGCACUGACCACUCAGCAACAAGGAAUCAAGAAGUCCACGAAGGGAUCUGUGGUUCUGGAUGUGGUGUUCAGCCAUGUGAACCUGGCAGAGACGGACUAUUUCGGCCUGCGCUACUGUGACCGGAGCCACCAAACAUACUGGCUGGACUCCUCCAAAACGCUGGCUGAGCAUAAAGACCUAAUUACAACGGGGCCACCCUACACUCUUUACUUUGGUGUCAAGUUUUAUGCUGAAGACCCCUGCAAACUCAAGGAGGAGAUCACCAGAUACCAGUUCUUCCUCCAGGUGAAGCAGGAUGUCCUGCAGGGCCGCCUGCCGUGCCCCGUGGACGUCAGCACUCAACUGGCCGCUCUCGCCAUCCAGGCUGAACUGGGAGACUACGACCCCUACAAGAAUGUGGCAGGCUACGUGUCGGAGUACCGCUUCGUCCCCGACCAGAAGAAGGAGCUCGAAGAUGCCGUGGAGCAAAUUCACAAAACCAUAACGGGUCAGGUUCCUGCCGAAGCAGAACUCAAUUAUUUAGGCAUCGCCAAAACACUGGAAAUGUAUGGCGUCGACCUUCACCCCGUCUUUGGAGAAAACCAUUCUGAAUAUUUCCUGGGUUUGACUCCAGUUGGAGUGGUUGUGUAUAAAAAUAAAACACAAGUUGGAAAGUAUUUCUGGCCAAGGAUAACAAAGGUUUAUUUUAAGGAAACACAAUUUGAGGUCCGUGUCGUUGGAAAAGACUGCAAUGAAACAUCCUUUGUCUUUGAGUCCCCCACUAAGAUGGCCUGUAAAAACCUUUGGAAAUGCUGUGUUGAGCACCACACCUUCUUCAGAAUGCCAGAGAAUGACUCUAAUACACUGACAAGGAAGUUGUCCAAAUUCAGCGCACUUGGCUCCAAGCAUCGCUACAGUGGGAAAACAGCAGUCCAGAUGGGCAGGGACCAGUCCGCCAGCCUGCCCCGGGCAGACCUCCAAGUGGUGCGGACCCGCAGUAAGACCUACCCUAAGAGAGCCCAACAGACAGCUGAACUGACCAAUGGGAGCCCACCUGCCUCGAAAGCAGAGCCUGCUGGGAGCGAGCUGACUGCCAAGACCACGGCACCAUGCCCGCUGAAGAGUUCCAAAGCGAACAAGGCAGAGAACCAGCCGGAGGAGUCUCGGGGGAAGAGCGGCGGCGCUCCAUGGGACGAGAACGCUCCGCAGAGUGGUCUGUAUAAUUCAGCCAAUGAGCGCAAUAAGUCCCCGAAAUUCCCCAACGCCCGCAGACGCACCCCUUCAGGCGGCAGUGAGAACGAGACCAAUCACUCCUCCAGACGCCGGAGGGGCCAGAGCAAUGAAGACCCAGACAGCAAGCAGCAUCGGAGAAGGUCACGUUCCCGUGGCAACACCAGCAGCGGUAGCGAGUCUGAGAACUCCAACCGGGAACACCGUAAAAAGAGGAACUGGUCCCGUCAGGAGAAUGAGAUGGUGGACUCGGGGCCCCAGUGGGAGGCUGUACAGCGGCGUCAGAAGGAGAAGUCCCACAACGAGCCCAACCACCGGCGCUCGAGACACCGCUCGCGAUCGAGAAGUCCUGAUGUGCAAGCAAAGGAGCAAUUGUGGAAACACAUCAAGAAGGAGCUGGUGGAUCCUUCUGGCCUGACUGAGGAACAACUCAAAGAGAUCCCUUACAAGAAAGUGGAAACCCAAGGUGACCCAAUCAAGUUCCGCCACUCACAUUCCCCAAGGAGCUACCGCCAGUACCGCCGUUCCCACUGCUCGGACGGGGAGCGAUCGGUGCUCUCCGAGGUCAACUCUCGGACAGACCUUGUCCCUCCCCUUCCUGUCACCCGCACCGCCGAUGUCCCAGGCUCAAGCCACACCCCCACACAGAAAAAGGCCGGAUCGAAGGACAACAUCUCGGAAAGCACCGACCCGGAGUCUAAAAGCGGCACCAAGGGUGUGAAGGCUGUCAGCACCCCCCGGACCAAGACAGAAACAUGAUGGGAUGUACAGUACAUGACGAUGUACGUGUACAUGAAGUGACAGUAUUGUCUGUCUAGUCUACAAAGGAAAAGCCUUUGCACGAUUGGGGGGGAUGAUAAUUCAGCUGAAGACAUUUCAAUUGUACUGACCGACCGUAGGGACAUUUCAAUGCAUAGACUACUCUUUGAAAGUCACCCUGUGUUUAAGUGAUGCCUUUGCUUCAACACUCUGCAUCCUUCUCUCAUCCUCUGAGAGCGUGCUGGUUCUCCCUCUCUCGGUGCAUGCAUCACUGGGGCCAGUUCAGCUGCAGCUCAGUAGAGCCCAGACCUAAGGGCAGCCCUGCUCACAGAGGACAAGAGAGGAAGAAGAGCUCAGGCCCUGGGACUCCCCAGCUGAUCACUCCACAGACUCCCUCCAGGGUUACAGCUGGGACAUGCCACAGGGGAGAGCAGUUCCCUCAAAAGCUUCCCUUGGAGAUUGCAUAUGGAACAUUACCUUCAUUAAGAGGUCUGAUUAUUACGUGUUGAUGUUUCAUAGAGUGGAACCCUAAAAAAUGGAAACCCAAACAGGUUUCACAUUUGAACUAGGUGUGCCUGUACAUACGCAAAUGUCAUAACCCUAGGGGACAGUGAUAAAGUGACACUGCAAAGGGUAACAGAUGUAUUACUGUAUCAUGGAAGACUGUCUUGAAUGGGAGAUGGACAUCCCUCUUGGACUUUUGGUCAGCCCCCAUCACAUCCAUCACAACCCUGUGACACUACCCACAAAUAAUCAUGUCUCAAUCUUUUCAACAUCCUAUUAGGUAUUAGGGUUUGUAUUGUCCCACAAUGGAUUUAUUUAGCCAUAUCCUUUGUCAUACACUAUUUAGUAGUUUAGACUUUAUAAAAAAAAAUCCCUGUCCUGUUCUUGUAUCUUGUCAACAGUAUCGGUGAUCAUUGUCAUAUACUGUAGCUGAAUUGCAGUCAUCAGUUUUCUGUUUAUUGUAUAGACCUCGCCUUCGCCUACAAAAAGGAUCCAAGCUGCCAUCUUUGCCCAUGUAAGGAGAUCCGGUUCCUUUGAAGCUAACUAUCUCCUUAUUUCGGCAAAAAUGGUGGCUUUUGUGUAGGCAAACUUCAGAGGUCUAUUCUGACAAUCAGAUGACAGCAAUAUGUGGGUCAUUUGCAUUUGUGUCUUCUCAACUGCUCACUGCAAGAUAUCAUCCGCUCAGAUAGCAUGUCAAUCAAAGCUCCCUACGGUUUCACAUAUUUGUUCAAAAAGUCAGUGUUAAGUCCUGUUCAACUCAUCUCGUAUGAAGACCACUGUGAACGCUGCUUGGAUAUCAUGUCUUCUUAUCGUCAGGUAUUAGUUUUUUUUGGCUAUAGGAAAACCUUGCUGCUGUAUUCUUAAACAAGAAUUGUUUUGCACAUUAGUUAAGUAGUUUUGUCUUUUUCUGCUGUCGUAAUGAAAAAAGAAACUGAAUCUCAUUAAUAAAGUUGUUUAACACUAAAUGC